UCUCCAGAGAGCAGACGAGCACGGACGAGGACCAAGCGCGAGAACAAGAAUAAAUCACAUUCCUUGGACUAAAAGUUAGAACGCUGGACCAGUGAUCGUAGGAUUUUCCCUCUUGCGUUUGUGAGUAAUUACUUAAAAACUAAACAGAUUUAGCGGAGCGCACCUUUCCUCCAAGUACUGUUGCGCUAUGGAAGCUUUGAGUUUGAAGCCGUUCAGUCCAGUUCAUGCUUUCGUCGCGUACGCGCGUGCUUCGUUAGUUCAUUGACUAGUCGAUGUCACAGUAAUCAUGGUGGAACCUGUGGGCUUCGUGGACGCGUGGCGAGCUCAGUUCCCCGAGUCCGACCCGCCGUGCAUGGAGCUGAGCUCACUGGUGGACAUUGAGCAGGAGCUCGACAAAUGCAAGACGUCCAUCAGGGACUUGGAGAAGGAGGUCAACAAGGAGCGCUUUCGCAUGAUCUACCUGCAGACCCUGCUCGCAAAAGAGAAGAAGUCUUACGAUGGGCAGAGGUGGGGAUUUAAAAAGAGCCCCCACGCAGAUGACAGAGAGCGGAGGGGCGCGCGCGGAGGAGGCGCGGCGGAGGACCCGCAGCACGGAGCGCCCGCCAGGACGGGCAGGUACAAGGCGCAGCCCGAGGGAGAGGGCGACGGCGCGGCUCCAGGCCAACGGAAGGGCGGAGGGUCACACGUGCGCCCGGAGGCGGAGGUCUCCGACAUCCCAGUGGGCUCGGGCUCGGUGGCGGCGCUUCGGUCCAACUUUGAGCGCAUCCGCAGGGCCAACUCUCACACGGCGGGCGACGGCCGGGGUCUGUCGGUGCUGGGCGGCCUGGAGAAGCCCUUCUACGCGAACAUGGAGUACCAUCAGGAGCGCGGGCUGGUCAGGGUCAACGACCGGGAGGUGUCAGACAGGAUCAGCACGCUGGGCUGUCAGGCCAUGCAGAUGGAGCGCAAGAGGUCCCUGCACUCGCUCCCAGGGAACCUGUCGGCUGCCUCCGGGGACGUCGGCAGGUCGGUCCAGAGAGGGCGGUCCACCGACGGCAGCUGCGGCUACAACGGCGCCUGUGACGACGCCGACGUCGGGCCGCACCUCCCGAAGGACGGCGUGAGCCGGUCCCCGGGGGGGAGGUCCGAGCGGCCGCCGCCGGACUGUCAGCCUUACACCAGCGUGUACGUCGGGGGGAUGAUGGGUGAGGGGGACACGCGCGUCAUCCACGUCGGAGACCACAGCGUGGACGAGGACGCGGCCCUGACUUGGCCCAGACGCUCCUACUCUCCCGGCAGCUUCGACGACGCGGGGGGCGGCUACACGCCGGACUGCAGCUCCAACGAGAACCUGACGUCCAGCGAGGAGGACUUCUCCUCAGGCCCGUCCAGCCAGGUGUCCCCGAGCCCCACCGCCUACCCGAUGUACAGGCAGAAGAGCCGCUCCCCCUCCCAGCAGUCCUUCGACAGCGGCAGCCCCCCCACGCCGCUGUCGCUGAAGCGCCUGAAGCAGCACGUGACGCUGUCCGAGGCCUCCGUCGUCGGGGUCCGUAAGGCGGGUCACGCGUGGCCCGGUGACGGGGACUCCACCGCAUCCAGCAGGACCUCUCACGACAACAGCGUCCAAGGAGACUCGGAGGCUCCCGACACCGAGCCCCCUCUGUCCUAUGGCUACGACCCGGAGCAGUCGGAGCAGCAGCAGCGCCUCCACUCCCUCUGCUUCGCUGGGUCUCCUGCCUCCUCCCCGCGCCUCCGCUCCAAGGCCCGGAGCCGCCAGAACCAGCAGGAGUCCACGCUGCCGGUGGAGCUGGAUCAGGAGAAGGGGUUGGAGAUGAGGAAGUGGGUUCUGUCGGGAAUCCUGGCCAGUGAGGAGACCUACCUCAGCCACCUGGAGGCCCUGCUCAUACCCAUGAAACCUCUGAGAGCUUCAGCCACAACUUCCCAACCGAUGCUGAGCACCCAGGAGAUCGAGACCAUCUUCUUCAAAGUGCCAGAGCUUCACGAGAUCCACAAGGACUUCUAUGAUGCUCUGCUGCCCCGGGUCCAAGACUGGAGCCACCAGCAGUGUGUGGGUGACCUCUUCCAGAAGCUGGCCAGCCAGCUCGGCGUGUACCGGGCCUUUGUGGAUAACUAUAAGGUUGCCGUGGAGACGGCAGACAAGUGCUGCCAGGCAAACGCUCAGUUCGCAGAGAUAUCCGAGAAUCUCAAGGGCAAAAGCACAAAGGACUGCAAAGACCAAUCGGCGAAGAAUUCUCUGGAAACUCUUCUCUACAAGCCGGUGGACCGAGUGACGCGCAGCACGCUGGUUCUGCACGACCUCCUGAAGCACACGCCCCCCGGCCACCCAGACCACCCCCUUCUGCAGGACGCCCUGCGCAUCUCCCAGAACUUCCUGUCCAGCAUCAACGAAGAGAUCACGCCGCGCAGGCAGUCCAUGACGGUCAUGAAGGGAGAGAACCGUCAGCUGCUGAGAGAUCGCUUCAUGGUGGAGCUGGUUGAAGGUUCCAGGAAACUCCGUCACGUCUUCCUGUUCACCGACCUGCUGCUCUGCGCCAAGCUGAAGAAACAGGCCGCCGGGAAGGGACAACAGUAUGACUGUAAGUGGUACAUCCCGCUGGCUGACCUCACCUUCCAGACCAUCGAGGACUGCGAGUCAACCCCCAUUCCUCUCGUGCAGGAUGAGGAGAUCGACGCCAUGAAGAUCAGAAUCUCCCAAAUCAAGAAUGACAUCCAAAGGGAGAAGAGAACCACCAAAGGAUCCAAAGUGUUUGAGCGUCUGAGGAAGAAGUUAUCGGAGCAGGAGUCCCUGCUGCUCCUCAUGUCCCCCAACAUGGCGUUCAGAGUGGCCAACAGAAAUGGGAAGGGUUACACGUUUCUCAUCUCCUCUGACUACGAACGGGCCGAGUGGAGGGACAUUAUCCGCGAGCAGCAGAAGAAGUGUUUUAAAAGCUUCUCUUUGACCUCUCUGGAGCUACAGAUGCUGACUAACUCAUGUGUGAAGCUCCAGACCGUUCACACUAUUCCAAUGACCAUGAAUAAAGAAGAAGAUGAGUCUUCCGGUUUAUAUGGCUUCCUGAAUGUCAUUGUCCACUCGGCAUCUGGGCUAAAACAAAACCUAAACCUUUACUGCUCCCUGGAGGUGGAUUCUUUUGGCUACUUUGUCAACAAGGCCAAAACGCGCGUGUACAGAGACUCUACGGAGCCGAACUGGAACGAGGAGUUUGAGAUUGAACUGGAGGGCUCCCAAACUCUGAGGCUGCUCUGCUAUGAGAAGUACUGCAACAAAAUCAAGCAGAACAAAGAGGAUGGAGAGAUCACAGACAAGAUCGUGGCCAAGGGUCAGAUAAAGCUGGAUCCUCAGACGCUGCAAAACAAAGACUGGCAGAGGACAGUCAUCGCCAUGAAUGGGGUGGAAGUGAAGCUGUCGAUGAAAUUCACCAGCAGAGAGUUCAGUUUGAAGAGGAUGCCUUCACGAAAGCAGUCCGGCGUCUUCGGAGUUAAAAUCAACAUAGUAACAAAGCGAGAGCGCUCCAAGAUCCCCCUCAUUGUGAGGCAGUGCGUGGAGGAGAUCGAGCGACGGGGCAUGGAGGAGGUGGGGAUCUACAGGGUGUCCGGCGUGGCCACCGACAUCCAGGCGCUCAAGGCCGCGUUCGACUCCCACAACAAGGACGUGUCCGUCGUGAUGAGGGAGAUGGACGUGAACGCCAUAGCUGGAACGCUCAAGCUGUACUUCCGCGAGCUGCCGGAGCCUCUGUUCACGGACGAGUUGUACCCCAACUUUGCUGGAGGCAUCGCUCUGUCGGACAGCGUGGCCAAGGAGAGCUGCAUGCUCAACCUGCUGCUGUCUCUGCCGGAGCCCAAUCUCGUCACCUUCAUCUUCGUGCUCGAUCAUUUAAAAAGGGUUGCUGAAAACGAGAGCUUCAAUAAGAUGUCUUUGCACAAUCUGGCCACUGUUUUUGGCCCCACUUUGCUGCGUCCGUCUGAAAAGGACAGCAAACUCUCCAGCAGCUCACAGCCAAUCUCAAUGAACGACAGCUGGUCGCUGGAGGUCAUGGCUCAGGUUCAAGUCCUUCUGUACUUCCUUCAGCUGGAGAGCAUUCCGACACCCGACAGCAAACGUCAAAGCCUUCUCUUCUCUACUGAAGUAUAACGUCAACCCCCCUGUCAGAGCUUAACCAGGUGAAUUGUAGGCGUCCAGCUUGCCGCCUGCAGAGGGAUCUUAGUGUAGCCAUCAGGGGGCGCUGUCAACACAGCUGUCAUGGCCAAAGCCUCUUCUGGAUGUGGGAAGCGGUGUGCUGUUUACUCACAAGCAUCUCUGGACGGCGCAUAGAACAAUAUAUCAUUCCUUCUUUCGUGUUUAAUUUGCUGUUGUAUUUUUCCCUGCCACGUUCUGUCACUGUGCACAUUCGCUCCAUGUUCACAAAGUUGUUGUCGAUGGAUUGUUUUUGUGAGGAUGGAUGAUGGAGGAGUGAAAACAUUUUUGCUUUAUGCUUUGUUUUUUUUUUUUUUAUGUAAGACUUGUUUUAAAACUUACCUGUGCCAAUUUUUCCCUGCUGACGACCAAUAGAGCUUUUCGGUUGCCCCUAAUGUUUACAUGUGUCAUUUUGUACAGAAUUUCAAAGGUGGAGACUGAAAACUGUACUCAGCACAUAGCAACAUGCAGGCAUGUUGAUCCAACCCUUGAAGUGUGUCCUUAUUUGGUGGGGCCAGUCUGAUGGUGGUGCCCCAGGCAGUCGAUUUGUAGAUAUGAGUGUGCUUCUUUGGGGAUGGUACAGAAAAGUGAAGGCAAAUCAUUCCUGGAAGAGGCAAGGCCGAAUUCUUUCAUCCGUGGAAUGUCCACCUGGCUGUGCAGAAUUGUAUGUCCACAUUUCUUACUGUAUGUUUUGUGUCCAUAUUGUUUUUAGACUCUUAUUGGAUUUUUUUCCAGGUGGAGUUUAUGUAUAUGUUUUUGCAUUCUGCACCCCUUGUGUAGAGCUGUAUUCCUCGGUAGGACUCAAGCACACUGCUGUAGUAACGAGAGCACCUAGAGAUGAAAAGCCGAAUGCUCCGUAGUAAAGCACUUGAAAUGAUUCACUCAUAUCCACUUUGCCUGAGUUAUUAAGAUAUAAUUCACAGGCUUAUCGUCUUCAUGCUCGGUUUUACGUUGAAAUAAAAGCUAUGUGCUUACGUAACUCAAAUUAGCACUUGAGGUAGCACAAAGUAUACAACCUAUAACCAUCCGUGCGAAUGAUUCAUGUACAUUAGGCAAUAACUAUUGGUCUUUAUAUAACAGCCAGUGUCUCAUGUAUGUAUCAUUUAUGUAAAUAAAAAGUUAAUAAAAUUAUAUUGUGCAUUA